GUAUGCCAAUUAUUGUUUAAUAAAAAUUAAACAAUUAAACUUAAAAAAGGCAUGAAAUUACUUUGUAGGCUACAAAUUUUAGCGACAAAGUAGCGAUUCUCAGGGCGGCCGGUAGAGAUUUUCAAUCUGGUCUACCUGGCAACAGUGGAUUUCAGUUACAUAUGGCAAUGUUGCCCAGCAACUGCUGGUGGUUCCCCCAUUUCCCACUUCGUAGAAUUUAAAUGUUAAUACGUGGCUACAUCAAUUCAUUGAUAACAUUACACAGAGACUACUCUGUGUAACAUUCUUUUAUCUUCAAUAUUCGUGGGCUGCGUAUACAAUGGAGUUCCAUUUGAAAAUUAUUGGCAUUAUUGUAUUGUGGAGUUAUUUAUAUUUUGAAGACAAUACAUUAUUUUUAUUAUUAUUAACAUUCUUUUAUCUUCAAUAUUCAUGGGCUGCGUAUACAAUGAAGUCCCGUUUGAAAAUUAUUGGCAUUAUUGUAUUGUUGAGUUACUUAUCAUUUGAUGGAAAUCUAUUGCCAAUGUAUUCAUUAUUUUUAUUAUUAUUAUUUUAUUUAUUUCUUAAGGAUUUCUUAAAGCGUUGGGUACAGAGAUAUAUCUCUGGUUGGGUACAAGUGCCUCAGGAACAAAGGUGCUUUGGGGAGUACAAAUGCCCUGAAUGUAGGAAAAUAUGGAUGUCAUCUUAUUCUUGGUCUAAUAUUGGGCAAGAAUGCUUCAACUGUCAUAUCAAUGUUUUACCACAUAAACAGCGUCCUCUGGGCAUUAAUAGAGCACCCUCAGGACUUUGGUCACAAAUGCAAAAAACUUGGUUAUUGCUGCAGAGAAUAUUCUCUAUUAUAUAAUCCAAUAAUAAUAAUAAUUAUUA